CAUUUAUCGAUGAAAAUAGUGCGUAAAAUGUGAUUGGCGAAAAUACAUUUUGUUACAUGUUCCUCCGCAUCUGUUCUGUGACAGGAGUACGUCAGAAGAUAGUGCAUCGAGGAGAAGUACAGCCUGUUUUCACUUGGAAUUCGUGAACGAGGAACAAAAUGGAUCUUCGGAAAAGAGUUACAGAUUGGCUUUCGCGAAUGAGAAGCUGGAAAACAGGAACUGGAACUCAAGCUGAGGCAUCUGUUGCUGUUGUUGACGAUGAUCCAGAUUUGGAAAGAACUCUUUGGCGCUUUGAACCGUAUGUCAUGAAAGUUCAGAGCGUUUUAAUAUGGGAAAAUCCGGUGAUCAGUGUGUUUUUUGUCGUAGUGGUCAACAUUUUAUUUUGGUUGGUUGUCAAUUUCCAGUGGCGUUUUUAUGGCCUUUUGUUCACUCUUGCCCUUACAGCAAUUCUUUACGACGUGUGGGCACAGAAAUGUUGGCCAGAAAUAUCAGAAUCCUUGUCGGAAAAGACGAGACGCACUUUGCAAGUGCCACCCAUGCAAACAAGAGCGUUAACUGUUCCAGAGAUAAGUCACUACCUUAGCCAAGCUCAGUCUAUGUUGCGAGACUACUACAUCUGGUUAAAAAAUAUGAGAGAUGACCAGCCAGGCAUGUUUUGUUGCUUGAUGUGUGCAAGUUUCUUGGUUCUUACUGUUAUCGGCCGUACUGUUCCGGGAUGUGUUAUUGGCUACAUACUGAUAAUGAUUGUUAUGGUUGGUCCUGGUGUCUGCAUUCAUGUUUUACCUCCAACUGCAGUACAGAAACUGAAAAAUUUUUGUGUAUCAUUUAAGGAGAAAGGAAGAGAUACAGACAGUGAAGUAGAAGAUUACUUGCCGGAGCAGACGGGGGAAAAUUUGGCACUGCUACAGCAAGCAGGAGAACCAGUUGAAGAUGAACAGCAGGAUGAUUCUGUUAUUCCAGAGGAGUUUGGACUUGAACUAGAGAUGAGUGGUAAUGAUCCAACAGCCCCAGAUUCGUUGGUGACACAGACUUCUUUUGUAACUGGAAUGAAUGCAAUGCCGUCCCACGAGGAGGGAAGUACAGAUGGUCUCGACAUCAGUGACUUUGAUUUGUCAGCACCACCAUCACAGCAUGGAACUAACGGUGGUGAUCUGCGCACAAAACAAGAACUAGAAAUUGAACAUUCAGACACAGAUGAGGAUGACAUUGGAGAAAUUCAUUUUCAGAGUUCACACUUCAAUGGUGACAGCUCUGAAGAAGAAGAAGAGAAGGACUUCGUGCAGGGUCUUAGCUUUGAUGCUGCCGAAGCAGACAAGACUGCAGGUCAUCCAAGCAAGGCCACUGUGAGUGGAGGCCUGAGUGAUAUCUUGACAUCAACUGCUGUGCAGGCUGUGGCGAGAAACAUUGCAGAUAUUACUGCGAUGGGACAGAGCUUAAUUUCUACUGUGAUAGGCACAGGUGCAGCUUCAGCUCAAGAAGCCAGUGCCCAAACUCCUCGGCAGCAGUCUAAUGUUUCUUCUGUGAAAAUCUCUGAUCAGUGUUCCUCCUCAUCUUCAGACAGUGAUGACUUCGAGAUGAUUUCACAGGAUGAUCUCUCGUAACACAUACUGCUCUAUUUCAUGGGUAUGUUGUGUCCUUUUAAUAGCUGAUCUUUAUUUUGUAAUAUUUGCCCACUAAUUGUAUAAGUGGGGACAAUUAAUUUACAAAACUAGAAAUAUUUAUACCAAAAUAAUUAUUUUUUAUUUCAGGACUUUUUGACAAAAUUCAGUAUUCUGAAUACAAAUUGUAUUACAUGAUGAUUUUUGUAACUUGCAGCAGUUGUAAUCUAGAACCCAAUAAAGUACUUAAAAAUUUGUUGUGCCGUAUAUGCUGCAACAAAUUAUGCUUAAGUAAGAAAUAAACCUUUUCCCUUUCAGUGAAAUUUGGACAAUAUGAAUAAUAAACUGAAUGUGAUGUGUUGCAAAA